UUCCCUGGGGGUCGUACUUCGACCACGCGUUGGCCUGGGAGAAGAGGAUGGACGACCCCGACGUGAUGAUUGUGACCUAUGAAGAUCUCAAACAGGACCUGGGCGAGGGCGUGCGUCGGAUCUCCACCUUCUUCGGCUUCUCCCUGACGGAGGCUCAGGUGCAGCAGGUCGCCGAGCGGAGCACCUUCACCGCCAUGAAGGAGAGCAACUCCCUCGGCACCAUGGGAAACGUCAUCUUCAGGAAAGGCGAGGUCGGUGAUUGGAGGAACCACUUCACACCAGAACAGAGCCGAGAGAUGGGCCGUCUCAACAAACACCUGGCGGGGACAAGGCUGGGAGACAAGCUCAACUACCAGCUGUCACAGUUUUUGCGGGAACCAAUCACAGACUCUGGCUCAUCCACCUGGCGCGCUAUUGGCUGGUUUUAA